AUGAUAUACAGACUUCUCAUCGUGAUCGUGAUGACCUUCCACCUGGGAUUCCUGGUGUUCUACAAGGAGAUCUUCGUGAUAACCGUGUGGACCAUCCAGCCGAGCUUCCUGGUGAUCUUCACGAUGACCGUGUGCAUGCAGCUGCUGACGAGCUUCCAGAUGGCCCUGAUGUCCUUCCCAUUGGUGGUGGUUCAGACCUUCCUGAGUUUCCUGGAGAACCUUUUCUUUCCGAGGUUCCUCCUGGUGGGCUUCAAGCCGUUCGUGGGCAUGCAGAUGUUGACGAGCUUCGGUGUGCUUCCUGAUGAUGGGGUCCAUAUCAACGUGCGGGCCAAGAACGCUCUGUUUCGCCAGAUUGCCGAGGCAAGGUCGCAGCUGCAGGCCCUUGGCCGUGAGUUCACACUGUUGAGCCCUCAAUGGAUGCCAGACGUGCCGAACUCGACGUGGCGCAGGCGAAGCUGGCUUCGUUCAAGAUCUCCGCGGCGUCCUGCUGCUCUCCCUGACGAUCUAUGGUCUCGUCAUUGCGCUGGUGCUUCUCUUCACGAAAUCGCUCAUCAAGUGACGUGGGCGCCCCGAGCGUUCGGACGCAACGUGUUUGGAGGGAUGAGGGAGUGG